AUGAAACUGUCAAGUUAAGCGAUACAAUCAGUACCGAAUAGCUAUUUAAAGUGUACUUUUGACAAUUGUCAACAAUAACAAACAAUGUCACCAACUUGGAUUGACUCCGUUCCACCAAUCACUCUCGCGGAUCUUCUGAACCGGAUAAACGAGCUGUCCGCCAAGCUGCAGAACCUUCCGGAAAGGCUUAGCCGGUUGGAGCAACUGGUCGAUUCCGGUUGCGUGAGCUGUCAAGCAAAACUCACCCCUCUCGAAAGCUUUCCGGCAAAUAUCAAACCCACUGUCUUGCCAUGUGACGGCGUCGCGACCGUUUCGUUCGACGAACCGGUCAGUUCAUCGCCUACUGAACCGAAAGCCGUCAAACUCCCGACCAAAGUGCUGCAAGCGAUCUUCCAGCAUCUGACCGCGUCCCAGCUGGCCAACGCCCGAACCGUCUGCCGUCGCUGGAACCGCAUCAUCGGCACCAGCGCCACGCUGAUGGACCGUUUUGAGCUGAACCCGCCAACCGGAAGCAAACUCCAGGCCGACUGCGAACCGGUUCAAUCGCUGUCCAGCCGCUUCACGCGAGCCUACUUUGACGGGCUGGUCAUAUUCGGUGCUGCCGCCUGGUGGCCGCGGAUUGGCGCCAGCUUGCACACGCUUGCUUUGAUCGACUGUCACGUGUCGGUUGACAUGGUGCUGGGAAUGCUGCGGCAGACGCCCGCGUUGAGGUCGUUCGAGUUCCAAGAUGGCGACAGUUUGUUUUUUAGUGACGUUCCGGAGGUGGACUUUGAGCUGACGGCACUGGAAACGUUGGACAUUGCCAUCGUUGAGCGCGUCGAGCUUUUGGACGUGUUCGCCAAACUUUGCCCAAAUUUGAAGGAUUUCAUUGUGAUUGUGGACAAAAAGCUGCCGAACGCUGCCGGGAAAAUCGUAAACUUUGUCGAAAGCGUUCAGAACACCUUGGUGAACUUUCAGUUUGACUAUCACCUUGACGUUUGGUACGGACUUACAAAAUUGAAGAAUUUGAAACUGAAACGCAUCGCCAGUCAAAAUAAAAUUAAUGAUAAUUUUCUACAAAGUUUGGUUAUGAGCCAACCGACAAUCGAAGACAUCAUUCUGCAGUCUCCGAUUUCGAAUCAGUGUCUCCAAUUCGUCGGCGCAAACCUUAAGAACCUCACCUCGCUCUAUGUUCCGCUGCAGGUUCAGCAGGACGGGUCGGCAAAGCUGUCAUUUUUGGACACGAUGCCAAAGCUGGACACCCUAACCGUGAAUGGAUCGUCGGACGUGCCCGUACUAAGCAUUGAGGUGGGGAAACACUCCAAGCUGGACGCCCUGCGGCUUGAGCUGUGGCAGCAGCCCGCAACCGGGUCGAACUGGUUCCGACGCUUCCCGAACCUCCGGACGCUGGAGCUGGACCAGUGUACGCUCGCCAGUUGGUCCGAUUUGUUUGUGCCGGCUACGCAGCUCAAGAAACUACGGAAUCUGAGCCUCGCCUACGUGGAUGCGACCGAUUCGAAAGAGUAUUUGUCGGAUUAUUUGGACAGCUUGACGUUCAUGAGUCUGCAACAGUGUGAAAUGUCAAAAAGUCUACUGACUGAGUUGAUUUCUCUUUGUCCGAAAUUGGAGGAAAUUCAUCUUCUCGAAAUGGAAAUCGUAGACGACGACAUUUUGAUGGAAAUUUGCCAGAAGCUUACCCAACUGGUAACAUUGCAUGUUACGAAAUGUCAAAAUGUGACGGAUGUCAGUGUGAACAAUAUCCUGGAGUUUUGUCCAAACAUUGGGAAAGUUUCCCUCGGAUGUUGUAAAAAUAUCUCUGAAGAAGCUGUUGAAAGACUGAAAACUGUGAAAACUAUUCAAGUUAGUUAUGAAGCAUUUGUUGAAGAAAAAGUGGAAGAACUCGACAAAUCAACACAAUGUUAAGAUUCUAUGAAACUAUUUCUUAUAUCAAAACAAAUACAAAUUGAGCAACAAUAAAAAAAUAA